UCUUCGUAUAUGUGAAAUUCUUUAUUAUGUUAUGGUCAGCAAUAAUACUUUUCCAGUUUUCCAGAGUAUGUAGUCAAUCCACUUAAAUUCUUGCUGUUUCUUUUUGUGUGAUCAACCAUUUUCAAUUCUUGAAACGACCCUUUUCUUAAAUAUGUAUGAAAUUUAAUCCCUUUUGACCAUUUGCAAUUUCUUUUGGAAUUUUGAAUUUCUGGAAAAAUCACAUGAUGUGGCAGUGGCACUAGUAUUUAGGCUUUUAGGCUCUAGAUUUUUCCUAGGUGAUGACUAAUGAAUACUUUUGCCAGAUGUUAAGGUUCCUACAGGGACCCUUUUGGCCUAGGAAACUGAUACACGCACAGCACAUGGUGGAAUUAUUCUGCGGAAGCUUAUCUCCUCCUUUUAUAGAUUUACCUGUUUCCAUAUUUUUGUUUUGACAGGGAUUUAUUGGGCAGUGUGUACAUAAAGAUUCCAACUUUAUAAGGGGAAGGUAGUAAAGGCUAAAGGGUUGAUUGAGAUGAUAGGUGAGAAUAGUCUGAACUUGUGUUUUGAGAAGCUGAUGGUUUUCGGAGGAGGAAAUUGUAAUAAUGGUAAAAUGGGUGGGGCUGCUGGAAGAGAGAUCACUGAGUGGAAGGAUAUUCCUCUGGAGUUGUUGUUGGGGAUUGUUUCACUUGUUGAUGAUGAUAGAAUUAUGAUUCUGGCUUCUGGGGUUUGUAGUGGCUGGAGGGAUGCCAUUUCUUGUGGUCUCAUCCAUCUGAAUCUUUCUUGGUGCAAGAAGAACAUGAACAAUUUGGUUCUAUCACUAGCUCCAAAGUUCACAAAAUUGCAAGUUCUAAAUCUGCGACAGGAUAAACCGCAGCUUCUAGAUAAUGCUGUCGAGAUGAUUUCUAAAAAUUGCCAUGAUCUACAAGACGUGGACCUCAGCAAGAGCUUCAAGCUUACUGAUUACUCCUUGUAUGUCCUUGCUCAUGGUUGUCCAAUUCUUACAAGGCUGAACAUAAGUGGGUGCUCGGCUUUCAGUGACAAUGCUCUCGCCUAUCUGGCAAGAUAUUGCAGAAAACUUGAAGUCUUAAAUCUUUGUGGGUGUGUUAGAGCUGCAACUGAUACAGCAUUGAAGGCUAUUGGGCAUCAUUGCAAUCAGUUGCAGAUCGUGAACUUGGGAUGGUGCGAGAAAGUUGGUGAUGCUGGGGUAACAAGUUUAGCAUAUGGCUGUCCUAAUUUAAGAGAGCUUGACUUGUGUGGCUGUAUUCUUAUAACAGAUGAGAGUGUGAUUACUUUGGCAACAAACUGCCCUCAUCUGAGAUCUCUUGACCUGUAUUACUGCCGGAACAUCACAGACAAAGCAAUGUAUUCUCUAGCUCAAAGUGGAGUCAAGAACAAGCGUGAGAUGUGGGAGUCUGUGAAAAACAGAUAUGGAGAGGGGCUUGUACAUUUGAACAUCAGCCAGUGCACAGCCCUUACUCCUCCAGCAGUUCAGGCAGUAUGUGACUUGUUUCCUGCUCUCCAUACUUGCCCCGGCCAGCAUUCUCUCAUCAUAAGUGGCUGUCUUAACCUCACAUCUGUGCAUUGUGCCUGUGCUGUCCAGGCACACCGGGCUCUUGCCGCAACCCCCCAUCCAGCUCUUUAAACUGUGUUUGGGAGAUUCCAUGAACUUGAUGUAAGCUCCUGAUGAAGGAUCAUUUUUCCUUGUACAUAUUCCUGUGUUCACUGUAUGAUGGACAUUUAAGAUUUGUGGCUUCAUAUGCCCUUUUAUACUUCCAUUUCUGCAGAGUUUGUUGGUUGUGUUACCAUGUACUGAUUUCAAUCAUUAUCAUGCAAUCUUAGCCUUGUUGAAACUUGUCUCUGUGUUCUCAUCAAGAAAAUGAGCACCACAGGUUUCACAUUUUCAAGGCCAGGUUCUGGACU